AUGCGUCAAUUGCACGAUGAUAAGAAAUGUCCCAUCUGUAAGGCUCCCAAUGAAACUAUGGUCGUCGAUAGCCAUAAGGAGAAACUUUAUGAUGAGUAUCCUAUUUGGGGAGACGAACUCGGGGCUGGAUUUAUCUAUCGAGAAGAUGUAGGGAUCCAUUUUGAAUCCACCUAUUUCGAGUCGGAAAUUCAACCCCUGUUUGGAUAUGGAUGCAAAGUAUGCUCCUUUUCAGCCGAUGAGGGACCCAGCGCCAAGAAGGCGCCCCUUAAAAUACUUCAGGAGCACUUGCGAAAGGAUCAUCGAAUGGCUUUGUGUAACUUAUGCGUGGAAAACAAACGUGAUUUUGUUACGUGUUUGCCAAGAUUUACUCCGUCUCAGCUUCAAAACCACUUGAAGACUGGAGACGGACCGGAUUCUGGAUUCUAUGGUCACCCUGUGUGUGAGUUUUGCAAGCCGAAACGCUUCUACGAUCUGGCUAACUUGCAUCAGCAUUUACACAAGGAGCAUUACGAGUGUCACAUUUGCAAAAAGAUUGGAUUGGAAAACCAAUUUUUCAAGAAUUACAAAUCGCUCGAGAAGCAUUUUGACCAGCAACACUUUUUAUGUCAUCAUCCCAACUGUUUGGCAGCUCGAUUUAUGGUGUUUGAAAACGAAAUUGAUCUGCGAGCCCACGAAAUGCAAAUUCAUGGAGCUUCUUCCACUGGUUCCACCAAGAUUACGGUGGAGUUUCAGACUCGACGGGCUGGAUACGAUGGCAGUGGUGUCGGUGCACAGCAGGAGACACCCAGUGAAUCAGACUUUAAUUAUGGACUGGAUGGCCAAGCAUUUGUCCCAGAUGCCUUGCCCAAUAGACCUUCAAAUGGUAACAACGAAUUGCACCCCCAGCACGUUCAACGAACAGAAGAAUUGCGAGCUCAAGCCGCUACGAUGCGAGAGGAACAAGCGGCUCGGGAUCAAGUGGAAUCCUUUCCCUCGCUUCAGGCUGCCAAUGCUCCUGCGGGGUCCUCUGCCCCAUUGGUAGGAUGGGCUUCGGAUACGACGGCACAGCGGUUGCAAGGGGGGCGGAGAAAGAAUGCUGGAAAGGUCACUGUAGAAGAUUAUCCAUCACUUCCAACUGCCGCCAAUGCAAAGGCCAACGCCAAGAAGAAAGCGAUUCGGGGCAACGUAGGCGCUGCACGGAGUACUUUUGCAGCCAUGCAAACAUCAGUAUCUGCUCCCUCCUACGGCUCAGCAGCCACUCGGUUGCGGGCUCCUACCUCUGCUCCUGGCUUUGCUUCUUCUCCUCGAACGUCGGUGAAUAAACAAGCCAAUUUGUCGGCGGAUAACUUUCCAUCAUUAGGUGGAGCCACUCGGCCAGCGCCAUAUGCUGCUGCCAAUGCCUAUUCCAAGAGGAAUAAUCAAAAGGUACAAACGGCCAACUAUCCCGCAUUGAACAGUGCCUCAGAUUUCCCGUCCAUGCCCGGCGGUGCCAAAACAAUGUCCAACAGGCUCCAGGCGUCUGCAAGUGCUUUUCCUGCCAUGCCAGGUUCCAACCAUGUAGGGAAGAAACAGACACAAAGAGCGGCUCCUUCCCCGUCCAGUAUGGCCGACUUUCCAUCACCACCACAAAGUGCUAGUUCCUCCAAAAAGAAAUCAGUACGAGACAAGAUGCUAGGAAAUGCCGAGACACCCUCAUCGUCACAUCAAGCAAUGGUCAAUGUACUGCAGGAACCCAGUCAGUCCGCGGUAGUUACUAUUGAAGAUAUGAAGGUGUCUUUGGGACAAAAGAAAUUCAAACAGUUAAAAAGAAUGACCCGAGAAUUCGCUGAGGGUCAGCUCGCACCAGAAGGUUACGUCGAUCAAUCAGCGUCGCUCUUUGACAAAGGUUAUGACGAUGCUGAUUUCUGGUCCUAUUUGCCAUCACUAAUCGAAUCAUGCCCGAAUGCACUGGUCUCACAACGAGCGCUGUCGUACAUGACCAGUCUAAAACACAAGGAACAAAGCAACUUGGUGCAAAUAGGAAAUGCAGCUCCAGCUUCUAGUUGGGGCGGAGGUGGAACGAACAACAGUAUCCGCAAGCCACCUCCACAAGCCAAAACAACCCAACGAAUGGUUGCACCACCAGCAAUGAGACCUGCGACAAUCCCCAACGCCGUUCCAUCGAAAAAGAACAAUGCCUGGGGCGCAGCCGGGAAAUCGACAGUUACAAAGACCAAAGCAACUCCUGGUUCAGUCGCUUCAGCUGUUGCCUCGCAAGGUCCACAGGGUGGAACUGCCACAAAAUUUAUGGCCAAGCAACAAAAGAAAAAGGUUCCAGCACAGCAACAGCAGCAGCAAGAAGGGCAAAAUGGAGGGAAGAAGAAAAACAAAAAGAAAGAACGAGACGAACUUCGUGCACUUGCCUUUGGAAUUUGA